AUGUCCACAUCCACACCCAAAUACGGCGAACGCCUUUUAAAAUCCCAAGGCUGGCGCGGCAAAGGCUACUCCCUGCACCCCACAGACAACACCAUCGGCCUGUCCAACCCUUUGCGUAUCUCACGCAACACCGACGGCCGCGGCAUCGGCCAAUCGACACACUACACGUCGGACCAAUGGUGGCUGGCGGCCUUUGACGAGAAGCUUAAAGGGCUGGACACCUCCAAGGAUGGGAAAGUGGUGCAGACAACGACUCAAUCAAAGCUGGAUGCUGUCACGGCGAAUAUUGGCGGGGGCAAGUAUACGGGGGCGGGAGGACUUUAUGCGAGUUUUGUGAGGGGGGAGGGACUUGCUGGGACUGUUGGGUCGGAAAGUGGGAGGAGUACGCCGACUGAUAGGGAGGAUGUGGCUGGACUCAAAGGUGGAGUGAAGAAGAGGGAGAGUAGUAAUAAGAAGAAGGCGGAGAAGGAGGAAAAGAAGAGGAGGAAGGCGAUGGAGAAGUUGAAAAAGAAAGAGGAGAAGAAGGCGGCAAAGAAGGAGGAGAAGAGGAAGAGGAAAGCAACAGAGACGAAGGAGGAGAGGAAAGCGAGGAAGAAGGAGAGGAGAGCGAAGAAGGAGGAGAAGAGGAGGAGGAGAUCCGACAAGGAGAAGGAGAAGAAGGGUUGAAGAUGUGAUGGAUGAUGGAGAGGUCGAAAAAGUUGUUAGAAUGAAGAUACCCCCAUUGUUGAUGAGAAAGGAAACCAAGCUCACCACUGUCCUUUCCGAUACACCAGGCUGCUACUUGACGAGUGUGUACGGCCAGAGAUGUGAUAUAUUGGAAAGGAUGAUGUGCGGCUCGAGUCGCUUACUCCGUCGUCGGUUUCUAUCCUGGUCUUUCAUGGAAGAGGACAGACCUGGACGAUUCGCGAGAGGAGCUGGAUUGAUAGAAAAGGAAAGAUGAAAUUACCAUCAUCACUUUGGGGUAUUUUUACUCAAGACAUGGA